CAAGUAGGCCAUGGAUUUCCCAGCAAUUUGCCUUGUGCACGCCGCUAAAUAACACAAGGCAUUUUAUAUAUUUCGUAAAAUAUAUUUCUAAAAUAUACAAUUAUUUAAAAUUUUCGUGGACAAAGGCGGACACGAUGUCCAAUCUGGAGGAUAUACCGCUAGCCGAGCCGCAAACUCUGCCAGUGGCCCCAUCCGAAAUUACCCAAGCGUCGAAGUCUAACUCCCUGAAGCGUUUCUUCAAGGUCAGCAAGAAGCCGCUAAUUCGGGACCAGCCAGAUGACGACAGCGAUGCCUCCUCCGAUGACAACGCCAAGGAAGGCAGCAAGCCGAAAACCCUAACUCGAUUCUUCACACGCAAUAAGACAGUACAGAAAGAUGUGGUGGAAGCGUCCAACACCAUGGGAAGUCCCGUUACCGAACAGGAAAAACCCAUUCCCAAUGCGAAGCCCACAAUCAAGGCAUCCAUUUCCACCUACUGGAAGCUGCUCUUUCAUCGCCAGAAAAAUCGGCAGGACGCCGGCUCAGGAGCCCAGCAAUCGAAUCUGGGUGCCGCCGAGCAGGAGGAGGUCCACGAGCUGCAGCAGGUGCAGUUGCAGGAGUCCCAGUCUCAUUCAAACACUGACCUCAAAGAGACUGACGGAGAGGAAACCUCCACUGAUCCGCCAAAGACCGCCAAAAUGACGGCUGAGGAGCUUCAGGACUCGCUCGAGGGCGGGAUGGCCUCCUCCGGAGAUCCUGCAACCGAAACUGAGACACCGUCUCCCACAUUUGUCAAUCAGUAUCUAUAAGAUUUUGUCGGACCACCAUUUCACCGUUCUCUAGGCGCAUAUUUACACUAAUUUCACUAUACUACAAAUUUUUCUAAGGCAUAGGAUUCAAGGUAUUUCCGCACUUAGAUGAUAGCCACAUUUCCGCUUUAAUUACACAUUUAAAUUCAUUUAGCUGCUCUAAAUAAAUACACAAGCCAUGCACAUAUGCACACUUGAA